CACCGCCUUUCUUCGGACACCCACUGGUUCUUGUUCCUAAAUAAUUGUUAGAUUAUUGAUAGAGCCAAGCAAUUAUGAAGCCAAACUCUUUCGUCUUCAUCUUCUUUCUUCUUCUUCUUCUUCUUCUAUCCUCAGCAUCUGCUCGUCUCCUGCUGCCUCCGAGACUAGUUGAGAAAGCGAGUUAUGAGAUUACAAAGCUGCCAAUAACUUCAUUCAGUGGGAAAAAAGAAGAUGUUUCCAGUCUUAUGGGUUUAGAGGAAGAUGAAUGUGAUGAGAGAGAUGAAGAAUGCCUCAAGAGAAGGAUGGUAGCAGAGGCUCACUUGGAUUACAUUUAUACUCAACACCAUAAGAAGCCUUGAGUGUUAUUAUAGUCGCAAUGCUAUAAGUUUAUUACAUAUACAUAGGACUAUGGAAUUGGAAGUGUUUAUAUUAAUUAAUAAUUAAUUAGUUUACCACAUGAUUAAUCUCAUACCCUCCUUUGUAUUGUAACAACAGAAAUGAUAUUGGUGAAGUUGAUUAAUGGAUUUCCAUUUUCCAGUGCAA